CCCUCCCUCCCUCCCUCCCUCCAUCUCUCAGGAGUCUCCUUCAGGUCGUAGAAAGGCGCUGGCAAGCAGCAGCAUUAACAUGAAGCAGUAUGCCAGCCCCAUGCCCACACAGACUGACGUCAAGCUCAAGUUCAAGCCCCUCUCCAAGAAGGUGGUGUCUGCCACGCUACAGUUCUCCCUCUCCUGCAUCUUCCUCCGUGAGGGCAAGGCCACUGACGAGGACAUGCAGAGCCUGGCCAGCCUGAUGAGUAUGAAGCAGGCCGAUAUCGGCAACCUGGAUGACUUUGAGGAGGAGGACGAGGAGAAUGAGGAGAACAGGGCCAACCAGGAGGAGAAGGCUGCUAAGAUCACAGAGAUGGUAAACCAGCUCAAUGCUCUCAGCUGCUUAGCCGGAGACCCUGAAGACUACUUCCUAAAGCUGGCUAGUAGAACGCCAAGCAGCGCUCAGUCUCCCUCUCAAGAGCUAAUUAGUAAGCUGAACUUCCUGGAGGAGGAUCAGGACACGCCCCCUGCCCUCUGCUCCAAUCCCUUCGAAGAUCCAGCUGAUGAUGUCGAUGACCCCUCCCACCUGGAACACACCAAUCACGUCAACCCGUUCGGUGACCCGGAUGACGAUGACACAGGGCCCCCCUCCCUGCCCCCCUACCUCACCCUCCGACAGGACCCAGAGGCCUACUAUGUCCAAGAACCCUCCAACCCUUUCGACGAGGACGAAGUCAACACACACUCGCACACAGAGUACAACCCGUUUGACGAGCCCGACCAGGACCCAGACCUAGUCCCCGACCCCCAGGGGCCCCAGCAGCCGGAGGCUCCCAAACCCAGGGGGAGGAAGGGGGUCAGGCCGGUGGAUAUGAGCAAGUACCUGUAUGCCGAUACCAACGCACCUCCAGAGGACCAACUGGAUGAGUGAGUUACAGGGGGAUGUGGGGUGUGU